UUCAGCGCUCUGAUGGGUCGCUGAAGCCGCUUUUUGGCUCCGGAGCUCCAAGCGAGAGAAGAGCGCGCGCUGAGCUGCUGCACACAGCGGGGAGAGCAUCCGAGAGACAGAGAAGGACGAAGAAAAGGACCGACGCUGUUGAAGGAAAGAGGACAGGAAGGCUGAAAGGGAGACGAGUGAUGGCCGAGGCACCGCAGCAGCAGCAGCAGCCGCCGGAGGAGGAAGAGGAGGAGGAGGAGGAGGAUGAGGAGGAGGAGGAGGAGGAGCAGCAGAGCAGUGCUGAGGUGACCGAGACGGAUGAAGGGUCUGAGGGACAUAAGGAGAGCGUCCACGCGACCCACACCCGACCUCUACUGUCCAUGAGGUCCAUGAGCAUCGUAGACCCGGACGACGACUCCCCCAACAUGAUCGUCUACAGGAAGAUUGAAGACAUUGUCACUCUCAUCCAGGAUGAGACGGAGGGCGUGCCCAUCAGAACUGUCAAGAGUUUCAUGACCAAAAUCCCCAGUGUAGUUACAGGUACAGAUAUUGUACAGUGGCUGAUGAAGAACCUGUCCAUUGAGGAUCCAGCCGAGGCCAUUCACGUCGGGAGCCUCAUCGCAGCUCAAGGGUAUUUCUUCCCCAUCUCGGACCACGUCCUCUCCCUCAAAGACGACGGCACUUUCUACCGCUUUCAGGCGCCUUAUUUUUGGCCGUCCAACCGCUGGGAGCCUGAGAACACAGACUAUGCCAUUUACCUGUGCAAGCGGACCAUGCAGAACAAGACCCGGCUGGAGCUGGCAGAUUACGAGGCGGAGAACCUAGCCCGGCUACAGAGAGCCUUUGCCAGGAAGUGGGAGUUUAUCUACAUGCAGGCUGAGGCCCAGGUCAAGAUCGACAGGAAAAAGGAUAAAACCGAGAGGAAGAUCCUCGACAGUCAGGAGAGAGCCUUCUGGGACGUCCACAGACCUGUGCCUGGAUGUGUUAACACGACAGAGAUGGACAUCAGGAAAUGUAGACGCAUGAAGAACCCUCAUCGAGUUAAGAAGUCUGUGUAUGGUUUGGCGGAGGAGGCAACGCAAUCUCAAAGUCCCGUUCACACUCCACUGCAACUCUGCAGGAAAGGCACCAAGGAGGAUGUCAAAAAGGAGAUCUUGUUCCUGAACACCCAGCUAGACCGUCACUGUAUGAAGAUGUCUAAAGUUUCUGAAAGUCUGAUAAGCUACACUGAGCAGUACCUGGAUUAUGACCCAUUUGUCACGGGACAGGAGCCGCCCAACCCCUGGAGCAGCGAUGAUCCUUCCCUCUGGGAUCUGGAGGCCAGUAAGGAACCCAGUCUACAGAGGGUGAAGAAGUGGGGUUUCUCCCUGGAGGAGGCCCUGAAGGACUCGGCAGGACAAGAACUCUUUCUGAAGUUCCUGGAGUCUGAGUUCAGCUCUGAGAACCUGCGCUUCUGGUUGGCAGUGCAAGCCCUGAAGAGGAUGCCCCAGCAGGAGGUUGCAGAGAGGGCGCAGGACAUCUGGGCGGAGUUUCUGGCGGAGGGAGCGCCCAGCUCCAUCAACCUGGACUCUCACAGCUACGAACGCACCAACCAAAACCUGAAAGACCCGGGGCGGUACAGCUACGAGGACGCACAGGACCACAUCUACAAGCUGAUGAAAAGCGACAGCUACGCGCGCUUCCUGCGCUCCAACGUGUACCAGGACCUGCUAAGGAAAAAAGUAAAGCCUGACGCAGAGCAGGGGCGACGCACAUCGCUGGAGAAGUUCACUCGCAGUGUGGGCAAAUCACUGGCAAGCAAACGACUGACGGGCCUCAUGCAGUCAUCCUGACGAGGCCUGGUUGACCGGUAGGGGGGCCCAUGCCCAGAAGAGCUGCUUACCCCUCAGGAGCACAUGGAAAAGGAUCCCGGGGUGUUCGGGCGUGGCGUUGGGAGGCGCAUGAUGGCCCCCAAAGCGCCAGGACCGCCGGACUGGACCGCCAGCCACGUCUUCAGUUGGAGAGGACUGACAGCAUGCAAUAAGUCACCAGACCUGACAUCAGGACAGUGCUGUCACAUUGUAGAGGAUGAACAUUGCUGCUCUUAGAGGGACAAGCUUGCACCACACAGGCUUCGUUGAUUCUUAUUUAUGUUUGUCUUCUAUCUACACUCAUAUUAAUAUGGUAGUUUAAGGGGAUAUUGCUUUACUUUCACUUAUUGUUAAUCUUGUGUUAUCCCACUGAUGGGGGGGAGGGGGGAGUCAACCUGUUUUUUGAAUGUCACAGUAUUGGCAAAAAGAAUCUGAGCUAAAAAAAAGUGCUUUAAUGAGCGAUCUGAUAUAAUGUCGGCCUUUAUUCUAGCUUCGGAACAUUCCACUUCAGGCGGUAACAACAACGUGUCAUUGGGCACCUCGGAUCAUUCUUUACCUUAUAUAAAUAGGAGCAGGAUAAUAAAAGAGGAAUGCACAAAAGAGA